AUGAUGAUCCUGUUCUCACCUCUGACUUUUGCUCUGGCCUUGCUCAGCAUCCAGGGGACCUGGUCCCAGGACAAGGGAAAAGGCCGAGGGUUAGGAGAGCACUUCAACUGGCUGAAUCUCGAGGAUGGUCUGAGAGUGGCUCGAGAGGAAAGGAAGCCUCUCAUGGUCAUCAUUCACAAGUCUUGGUGCGGGGCUUCUCAAGUAUUCCGAGAUCGAUUUGCCCGGUCUCAGAGCAUCUCUGAAGCGGCUCCAAAUUUCGUCAUGGUGAAUAUAGAAGACGACGAUGAUCCUCAUCAUCCUGCUUUGGAGCCAGAUGGUGCCUAUGUCCCUCGAAUUCUAUUCUUCGGUAUGCAGAGAUGUGUACAUGUUUGA